CUGCGCCGCCUGCGCCUGCACCCGCAGCGUGCGACCAUCAACUCUCGCAAAUUGACUUUGGCUCUCCCUUGACGGAUGAUUCUUCUCCUACCAAAAUAACUCCAUGUCCUCUCAGGCUCUCACCCUUUUGACUUCAUACUGCCCACUGCAUGUCACCACGGCGUCUGCCACUUGUAGACGCCUCUGAUAGACGCGCUCAUCUCCCUCUCAUCCUCCUUGCAACAACCAUUCCGAGUCCAGCAAUGUCUUUAGUAAGUACCCAGUCCAUGCCCACGCCGCUUCCAAGUCCCGAUCCCGCAAGGCCUGCCAUCCCAAUCAGCACAUGCUAGCUUCAUCCAACCCACCAAAUCUUGUCACCUUCCACUCCUCUGCGCCAACAGCAACCUCGCCUCGUUCAUUGCCGACAUCAUUUCGACCUUGUUUUCCGACUGGGCUUUGCAUUUCUACUAUCUUGUUUGCCUGUCACUGCGUCACUUUUCACUCGUGCGACAGCCUUGUCCUACAGCCGCAAGGCGCACCUGCUCCUUUCAGCUUCCCAUGAUUCGCAACGUCAUUGACCACGAAGCAGGGCAUUGUUUCCUGUCAUCAACAUUGUGAUUGCAAUUCCAGGAUUUUACGCUGACAUGUCAUUUUCUCAGGCCGUAAACCCGGCUGGCUGAGAUGGGCUCGCUGGUCAUAAGCCAGGCUCCGCCGGCAACCGCGCCUGAUCAGUAUCAUCACAUGAUGGUUGACACCAGCAAUCCAAGAGGAGAGGCCUCUUCGAGCACUUUACAUCCUUCUAGCCAGAGGAGUCCCUCUACCACAACAGCAAACACAGCACCAGAGCCGAGCCACGGUUCGGCCACACCUGACAUUCGAGAAAUUCCCGCAGACCCUCCCCAUACCCCUAGAUCCCAUCAUGACGAUCAAGAUACCGCGAGCGCUCGAUCGAGCGCUCCUCAACAACAUACCUCAUACUAUAGCCGGGGCUUUGAUCAAUCCGGUUUUCCCCUCAGCGGCGACCCGAGACUCGUGGUCGCCUCCUCGCCACCUUCUCCCCGAUUACAACCGACAUAUCGAUCUACGCGCUCGUUAGGUGGCUCAGAAGCCACCUCUCCCAGUCGCAUCAAGGUCCGAGAUCUCUCCCAUAUCCGCAGUUUCGCAAGCGAGGAAUAUUUGGCCCGUCCGAGACUGCCUAGCAGAUCAGCCAGUGGCUUCAGCGAUGGGGGAAGAUCAUAUGAAAUCAGUUCCAUGCCCGUCACCGAUAUUAUCGAAAUGGUGGCAGGACUUUUGACAAAGAUUACCACUACCAAUGAUCGGCAACAUGAACAUCAUCGGCCGGUCCAGCUCACAGAAGAGCAGGCACACAUGAAUCCUCACGCCAAUUGUGUGCUGGCGUUUCAUGGGAAAAAUGUGCCAGGAAUCACCAUCUUGAGUUAUUUGAGCCGAAUCCACAAGUAUUGUCCGACGACAUAUGAGGUUUUCUUGAGCCUGCUGGUCUACUUUGACCGAAUGACGGAGAUGGUCAAUCGAGGCCUUUUAGGCAAUGUGCACAGACGAGCGAACGACUCGCCAGCGACGGCACCAGAGUCGUCAACUCCCACAGCACGGUCACCCAUGCCAAUGAGCAUGGACAGCCCGCAGCAACACACUGAUGUCAGCACUCCUCCAGCAUCUGGCUCAAAUACUGAUCAGAGCGGUCAUACAACAAACCCUCCUUCGGGUAUCCCUCAAGAUCUAUCGCAAUUCUUUGUGGUGGACAGCUACAACAUCCACCGUUUGGUGAUUGCCGGAGUUACAUGUGCCAGCAAAUUCUUUUCCGACGUAUUUUACACGAACUCAAGAUAUGCCAAGGUUGGGGGCCUUCCAUUGGCCGAACUCAACAAUCUGGAACUUCAAUUCCUCCUUCUUAAUGACUUUAGACUGUCGGUUCCUGUGGAGGAGCUUGAAGCUUAUGGGACCAUGUUGGUUGAAUUUUACGCUCGAGAACUUGUUGCCCAGCAGCAGGCCGGCCAUCCUUCAUCUUCUCCCACUACUACGACAGAUGGAAUGUAUAUGCGGUCAGGUCGAGCAGCUACGGGACAAGCGUCGGGGGCUGUCGCUUGAACAUAGAAUGGGGUCCUGAUCUCGGGACAGAGAUGAUGAUGGGAUGAACGCAUCAUGAUUGGAGCUGUGUGACUGUUCACCUAGGGGAUGGGGGCAGAUGCAGCCGAGGCGUCCAGUGUUUUGUCUUGUUCUGAAAGAGAUUUUCUCUCAUGGCGCGUGUGAGACUCGGGGGGUUUGCCUGCGAAUAGAGAAGGCUUGGCUACCCUCUACUGCCUAAGUGACCUAAGAUGUCUUAGCCAAGUGCCUAGAAUGCAUGACGUUGAUGAUGAGGUUAAGUAUUGUUAGAGGUACCUGAGGGAGAAGUGGGUAUGAUUAGAUACAGAAUGAACGACCGUCUUUGAACAGAAA